CAACUCUGAUCCAGUCGCACCUUCCUCUUGGCUUACUUUAUCUUUAUCUUUAUUUUUCACAAAAAAGGAAGGACCGGGAAAUCGUGAUGUUUCUUGCCCCAGUCCCAUUCAACGUCCUCUCUGGCAGCCGUCGCGCCGCGCAAUUGAGAGGAGGAUUGCUGGUCUCUGCGAGUUUAAAAGCAGAUAUAUAGGCACCCUAUCAAGUAGAAUAUGUGAAAACAAUUCUUCAUGUUUUCGUGUAACUACUGGAGGAGAAGCCCUGGCACACUGGGAAGUAUUAAUGGAUAUUCGAGUCUCGUUUCUCGACCCCGUUUGGCUUCUUGCGCUCUCCCACUUCGCUUUUCCACAGAGUCUCUGUUGUUUCCUGCACCUUGUCGACAGUUCCAGCAUCGCCGUUGCUAUUCGGUUGGCAAGGGGCAUAUCUGAUUUCUCAUCUUCCAUCUGUGGCAGUCUUACAGAGAAGAGGCAGAAACAACCCCCUCAAACAUCGGCGAUUCACCAUCCCGUGCAGGCAUAUCGUCAGCCAGUUUGAUACUAUCUCCAAGAUACAUGAUUCGCCGAGACGCCAAGGUGGGCUUAAUUCAUCAUGCUCAGGAUCACGAUAUCGCGGCCUUUCCCCAUGCGAUGGCCGUCACCGCGGGGUAUCGCGGGUAGCACGCCAUUUGUAGUCUAUCAUAUCGCGUUCUGGCAUGGGAGGUCGGCGAUUCAAUCCCAAAACCUCCGAUGGUAUGUCGAAAUAUUAUUUCUAUAACUUGACUGCUUUUCCAAGUCUUUGCCCCAUUCCAGUUCUCAGUUGUUUUAUGCGUUAUACCCCCAGAUUUCAAUCUCAAACUUACCAACCUUCACUGUUCAUCAACAAAUAAACAUUAUAAUGGCAACAACGACCACCACCAUACAGGAGUCGACAGGUGAGAGUAUCGGGAAGAUAGCCGUAGCUUUUGAUGAGAAGGUACAUGAAGGAUCGAGGUACACAGCAUACCUCCCUGUCUAUGACAACGAGACCAAGUUUCCGCCUACCCAGCCGUUUGAAUUCCGCGAUCGCGGGUUGGAUGCUGACCCUGCCAAACCAAAUCUGUUGAAAACAGGUGAUCCAAACAUCGAGGUCACUAGGCUCACACCUCGAAUCGGCACUGAGAUUAAGGGGCUACAGCUGUCGCGAUUGAAUGACGCCCAAAAGGACGAACUCGCCCUCUUGAUUGCAGAACGUGGCGUGGUUGUAUUCCGUGACCAAGAUUUUAAGGAUAUUGGUCCAGAGAAGCAAAAGGAAUUUGGCCAGUCAUUCGGACCUCUACAUGUCCAUCCCGUUGGUGCACAUGUUGAGAAUCAUAUUGAAUUUCACAGCAUUUAUCUCGGGUCUGAUAACCUCUAUCGUGCUCAACAACGCUCGAGCAAGUUAACAACUACGGGAUAUCACUCUGAUGUUUCAUAUGAGCACCAGACCCCAGCAAUUACAAUCCUGACACUCCUCGAGGUUCCAUCCACUGGGGGGGACACGGGAUGGGCUUCACAGGUGGUGGCAUAUGAGAGACUAUCAGAGCCCAUUAAAGUAUUGCUAGAGGGCUUGCGUGCUGAGCAUAGUGGCCAUGAGCAAGCUGCAGGAGCCAUACGUGACGGGAAAACCGUGCGGAGAGAGCCCGUAAAAUCUCAACAUCCGAUCGUCAGAGUUCACCCCGUCACCAGACAAAAGGCGCUCUUCGUCAACCCAGGCUUUACCAGGCGCAUCGUAGGCUUGAAGGAUGAGGAAUCGGACGCCUUGCUGAAGCUUUUAUUCAAGCAUAUCUCGCAAGGUCAAGAUUUCCAAGUCCGUGUGAGAUGGGAUGACAGGACGGUUUCUCUCUGGGACAAUCGAGUGACCGCUCACACUGCGAUCUCAGAUUACGACGUUCAUAACCCCGAGGAAGGCUUGCGCCAUGGGUUUCGAAUUACAACCCUUGGAGAGAAGCCAGUGGGCGUCAAUGGAUUGGAGUCUACGUGGUAGAUUUAUAUUUUAAUGAUUUCUAUUUUGAUGGGGCAUAUACUGAUCUGUGGUUUCGUCCAUUUUUUAACCGCAACUACACAGGCAUGCGAUUUGUCAUACAUUUAGACACUGUCAAUAUGAUAGGAUAUUAUCAUUCUUCGCUAUUUUUAUAAUGAACAUUACUGCAGGU